ACACGCGUCUCUAGUUUCGGGUUCACACACAGACUGAAACCGGUAUUCUACUGCACGUUGUAAGUCUUUUCACCCGUGACGUUAGCAAGCUAACUUACAGUGCGGGAGAGGAGAAGUGGUUUUGAUAGUGAAAUCACUUCUAAUUUCACCGUUUCACCAAAUUUAAAGAUUUAUUGCAUCCCCCUGUUAAAACCAAUUGACCAAAGAUAUGGUGAUGGAGAAACCCAGUGCCCAGCUUGUCGGGCGAGAAUUUGUCCGACAGUACUACACCCUUCUCAACCAGGCUCCCGAUUACCUGCACAGAUUCUAUGGCAAGAAUUCAUCUUUUGUUCACGGAGGCUUCGACAGCAGUGGCAAACCAGCAGAGGCAGUUUAUGGUCAAUCGGAAAUUCACAAGAAGGUCAUGGCACUAAGGUUCCAAGACUGCCACACGAAGAUCCGGCAUGUGGACGCACAUGCUACGCUCAACGAGGGCGUAGUGGUCCAGGUGAUGGGUGAGCUCUCCAACAACAUGCAGCCCAUGAGGAGAUUCAUGCAGACCUUCGUCCUCGCUCCCGAGGGCACAGUUGCAAACAAGUUCUACGUCCACAACGACAUAUUCCGCUACCAGGAUGAGAUCUUUGGUGACUCAGACUCUGAGGCCCUUGAGGAGUCAGAGGAGGAAGCUGAGGAGCUUGAGGAGAGGACGACGUCACCCACAGUUGCACAAGAGGACUCCGCCACCUUCUAUGAACAGACACCAUGUGCGGAGCCUGAGGUCCCAGGGCAGGAGGAGGCUGACUUGCCCCCAGAAACCGCCCCAGUGAUGGAGCCUGAGGCGCCGGUGGUUGAACUAAAAUCAGAGCAGGCUGCUGAAGCAGAGGCCCCGAUCUCGGAGCCUGCGGAGAAGGCCCCUGCAUCCCCCACGCCUGCAGAUCCCGCCCCAGCCAUGCCGGAGGAGAACCGGCCCUUCUCCUGGGCAUCCGUCACCAGUAAGAACCUGCCUCCAGGUGGUAUCGUCCUAGGCACUGGAGUUCCCCCUCAUGUCGUCAAAGUCCAGCCCACACAGCCCAGAGUUGAGGUGAAACAAGAGGCCCCCGUUGCGGCACAGAGACCCCAGAGGGAUCAGAGACCCAGAGAUCCCCGACCUGGACCCCCAAUCACCAACAGAGGCCCCAGAACGCCAGUGCGGGACGGCGAGCAGGGUGAGGGCGUGGAGACGCGGCGGACGGUCCGGUAUCCAGACAGCCAGCAGCUCUUCGUGGGGAAUGUGCCCCAUGACGUGGACAAGGCCGAGCUCAAGGAGUUCUUUGAGCAGUAUGGCACCGUGUUGGAGCUGAGAAUCAACAGCGGCGGAAAGCUUCCCAACUUUGGCUUUGUGGUGUUUGACGACUCUGAGCCCGUACAGAAAAUCCUGAACAGCCGGCCCAUUAAGUUCAGAGGUGACAUUCGUCUGAACGUGGAGGAGAAGAAGACAAGGUCCGCCCGCGAGGGAGAACGGCGAGAUAUCCGCCCACGUGGUCCUGGUGGCCCCCGUGACAAGCUCGGAGGGCCCAGGGGACCAAUGGGAGGCCGCGGAGGACUUUCCCAGAAGCCCAGCUUCGGCGGCGGACGAGGAAGUGGACCCAACGAGGGACGAUUCUCUGCGCCACGUCAGUGAAACGGACCCCAAACGGCUUCCCCUCAGCCCCAACUCCCUUCCCCACGUCACAGCCACUACUGACGCAGGUCAUACUAUUUGACAUGGAUCCCCUCAUCCAAACACACCCUCCCCUGAACCUCAUACAUCAACCCUGACCCCCGAUGGUCUCCUUUCUGUCUGCUUAUGCUCGCCUGUCUGGUAGGUGGAGUAUGGUCAAUCCCAGUUUCAUCUGGACUCUCAAAUACUGUCUCUUACUUUUCAUUCUUGAAUUUGUUGUAGAGGAAGAAAAAAAAAAUCAAAGAUGGAGUAAAACAAUUACUUGAAUUGGGGAAAAAGGAAAGAAAAAAACAUAAAAUCAAGAGUCUGUUUUUUAGCGUUCUCUCCUUGUUUCUUAAAGGAACGUGUUUUUACUGUGUACUGCUAGCACCCGCUUUCAGGUUAAAUGCAGGUAUGGUUUUAUUUGGAAUUAUUGCCAAGUUGGAUCAUGGUUGUGUACAGAUGACUCUCUUUAGCAUGGGGAAUACAGAGAAAACCCUGUUUGCCUUUUAACUGUUGCACUUCAAACAACUCCACUGUCGAGAGAACAAAUAAACUUGGUAUAAUAUUUUA